AUGCCCGGCCGCACCCUCCCGACCAUCACCCAGGCCGAAGUCCAGGCCCAUGACUCUGCCGAGUCGUGCUAUGUCACCAUCGGCUCCAAGGUCUUCGACAUCACCUCCUUCGUCGAAGACCAUCCCGGCGGCGGCGACCUGAUCCUCGAAUACGGCGGCAAGGAUGUGACGGACAUACUGGCCGACGAGAUCUCGCACACACACUCCGACUCGGCCUACGAGAUUCUCGACGAGCAUCUCGUGGGCUUCGUCGCCAAUGAGAAGGUGCUGAACGCCGCCACCAAGAGCGGCCAUCCCGACAACAUCGUGCCGCUGCCGCCUACGAAGGAAGGGCUGGAGGAGCUGAAGGCCAAUGGAGGCGAACAGUACGUCUUUGAGGCAACGGGACUGUCCUCCGCCGAGGAUCUGAACAAGGAGACGGACAUCUCCACCGACUACAAGACACACAAGUUCCUGGAUCUCAACAAGCCGCUUCUUCCGCAGGUUUGGUUCGGCGGCUUCUCCAAGAAUUUCUACUUGGAGCAAGUCCACCGGCCAAGGCACUACAAGGGGGGCAAAUCGGCCCCGUUGUUUGGCAACUUCCUCGAACCUUUGAGCUUGACGGCAUGGUGGGUCGUUCCCACGGUUUGGGUCCCUCCUGUGUCGUAUGGCGUCUAUCUGGCUAGCCAAGAGCUGCCGUCUGUUCAGGUUGGCCUGUACUUUGUCCUCGGCCUUUGCCUAUGGACUCUGGUCGAGUACAUUCUGCACCGCUUCCUCUUCCAUCUGGAUGGAUAUCUUCCUGACAACCGCGUCGGCAUCACGCUCCAUUUUCUUCUUCAUGGCAUCCACCACUACCUGCCCAUGGACAAGUACCGGCUCGUGAUGCCUCCUACGCUCUUUCUGGUCCUCGCGACUCCCUUCUGGAAGCUGGCUCACGCCGUCUUCGCGUACAACUGGUAUGCCGCAACUGCCGUCUUCUGUGGCGGCAUCUUCGGCUACAUUUGCUAUGACCUGACCCAUUAUUUCUUGCACCACCGCAAUCUUCCUGCCUACUACCGCGAGCUCAAGAAGUAUCACCUGGAGCACCACUUCGCCGAUUACCAGAAUGGCUUCGGCGUGACGAGCAAGUUCUGGGACCGUGUGUUCAACACGGAGCUGUCCCUGCCGCCGCCAAAGGUCGUCAAGACGGCCUAG